AUGAAUAAUGCCAUCAUAUUUCUCCUUUUAUUCAUCAAUUAUGGUAAAAGUGUGACCGGUACAGAAGAGCAGCAAAAAAAUCCUAACAAUUAUAAUAACCCGUACGAGGAAAGCGAAAUUGACGAGAAAUGGAGGUUAUAUCAGUUGGAGACGAACCCAUUUAUAGAUCUGAAGCAUCCGAACUUCAAAGGCGACUUCAUCAGGUGCAUCGACGAGUACUACGUUUACGAGACGAAGGAGUACAAUGCAUAUAAAAAGGAAAGAUAUAAAAACAUAAAAAAUUAUAAAGCAUUCGAAAAGAAGCAAUUCAACUGUGCCAUCAAUUUGUUCGUACAUGGGAGACCAAAUUCAAGAAACUCGAAUGAUUACAAAAUAUGGAGUGCUGCAGCGAAUAUAAACAAACACGAAGCCAUGUUACAGAAAAAAUACAGCAAGUAUAUUAUUUACACCCCAUUUAUCAGUCUUUCAAAUUUUCUAGGCACAGAGGGCCAAUAUACACACCUUAACUACGCUUUCCUGUUGGCAAAUAGAAUGUCCGUAACGUUUAAAAACAUGCUGGAAGAUGACACUUGUUAUAAUUACGAUAUUUUUAUCCAUUCCCAUUGUUACGGUGCCAAUGUAGUUCGAUUAAUGUUUACGCUAGAUAAGGAAAUCUGGAACUUGAUGGAUACGUCUAUGUUAAAUGUCACGUACGAGAGGGAAGUACUAGCCAUACUUGAAGACAAUUUCAAACUGACACUAAAGGAUAUUAACAUAAUUACUGACAAGAGCAGUAUACAAUAUAGGAAGGACCCAUAUUUUAAAAUUCACAAGUACUAUUUGUAUAGGACGUUUCAAGCCAAAUCAAAUAAAAAAAAAUUAACCGAACAUUUUGACGACGUAUUUGAUGACUAUAAUGUCAAGUAUGAUGUUUUACCCCAGGACAGCAGUAUUGCUGACCGAGCUGGAGGAGGAAAAGACUCCAUCAAAAAUUUAGUGGCUCAACCAGGAACGAAUGUCGCACGAGGGAGAGGCGAAGAGGAAGAAUCAGAACGAGAAUCUCAAUCCGAACGAGAAUCCGAAUCGGAACGAGAAUCUCAAUCCGAACGAGAAUCAGAAUCGGACGAUCCCGUCGAACGUAUUUUGUACGUAAAAGAUAGAAAAGUGCCUAAAAAAGUAGAACCCUCAUCGAACAGAUGUUUGAAACGAUUACACACCUACUUGCUAAAUAAAAAAUUUAACUUGUUAACUAUAGUCUCUACAGCACCUCCCCUUAUCGGUCUUGUAUCCAACAUGGAAGACAUACGAGUUGGUCAUCAGAAAUUCAUGAGGUAUAAAUUUAUGUUCCAAAAUGUGCCUUCCUUUUUCAGAGAGAAACUGGCAAAAACAAGGGAUGCACAAGAAUUAAUACAUAUCGUGAAUCCAGGGUUAUUAUGCCUACUAGCUCUACAUGAGAAGGUUAAUUACGAUUAUGAAAGCGAUACAGGUUCUUUAAUCACUCAUUUUAAAAAUGUCAAUUAUUAUUCCGAUUUGGACAAUGAUGAAAUGAUCAGUUUACACGGCACCUUAGGGUUACAUUCUACACUGCACAUGAGGUCGCUAAGCUAUUACAUUUUGAACAUCAGAAAUGAGUACUACCACCGCACGUAUAGCCUCCCAGCGCAUUUAUCAGACAUUAACAUCUCGAACAAUUAUGCAUUCUUUGAGUAUAUAAAGAGCAAUAAGGUAUGUUCCCAAAUUAAGCACAGCGAGUUGGAAAGGUUCGUCUCCUAUUUGAAUGAAAUUGUAAAUUUUGAUCAGAAACCACAGCCCUAUAUUCCUCAUAGGCAAGUUUACAAGAAUCCCUUCUUGGAACACUACGUCAUACCGUUCAUGCAAGAAAAUAAUAUAUACACCCCUCACUCUAUAUUGGGCACGGGUAGAACAGCGCUAUUGAUGUACUCCUAUGACAUAUACAAACAUAUGGCAAUGAACGGAUUUAGCGAAAGGAACGUGAUCAAAAAUGACAUUGACUUUUUGUACGAUGCGGACCCAUUUAUAUACUACAACUGGAUGACUUAUAUAGGAAAUCAAAAUGAUGUUAAUCAGAACAAAUUUAUCAAGGACUUUCACGUAUACUCAGAUAAUGUAAACAUGAACCUGGUGCAAAAUUUGUUUAACAUGUUUGUGUCAACACAUUAUGUGAAGUUUUUUAUAUUUAGUAAAAGUAACCCGGCUUAUGUGUACCGUAGUUUGUACAGAACCCUCAGGGCCUUUUCCCUACCGAUUAAUAAAGUGGUUCUGACGAGACAGAAGGAGAAGAAAAUUAACUUCCCUUUGCUAAAUAAUUCCCAAUUCGAUCACGACGAGAAUGUCAUAUAUGAAUAUAUGUGCAGGUACACCAAUUUUUUAAAAAUCUUUUCCUACCUCAAUUCCUUCCAGUAUAUUAGAAAAGAAACGUUCAUUCUUAACCAUAAGACUUUUAAAAAGUACCAAAAUGAUCGUAUGGAGGAGUUAAGAAAUGAAAUAAAAAAGGCACACAAUUUUAUUCAAGAAAACAGCACCUUCAGCGAUAUGAAGCAGAAACUCAGUGCCAUGUACAACAUUGAAAAUAUAGCUAAUAGCAACGAACGGCAACUUGAAGUGAACGAAGAAGUAGGAGACCUCACCACAUUCAAAUCCGCUAACGACACACUUGGGGGAAGCAAUGCAAAUAGCACCGGCAACGGUAGCAUUCAAGAUGUAGACAGAACGUAUGUUACUCAUCAUGGUAUCUAUCUAAACUUUAAACGUGCCUUGACUCUUAUGGAAGCCUUUCGGCAAAUUUCGAUGUACAACAGAUACUACCAACCUAUGGAGUAUGUCGAAUUUGUAAUUAGAGGAUCAGCAUAUAAUGAUUUGGAAGACCAUUUGAGCAACCUGGAUGGUGUAAACUCCUGUCUGUUUCACAGAUACGAAGAUAUCGAACUUAGCUUUAUUUCAAAAUUCUGUAACUACGAUCAGCAGGCCUACUUCCAUAUAAAGAAAUUAUAUACCUCGCGAAAUUUAUACGUUUUGAAAUCCUUAAAGCACUGUAACUACCCGGGAUAUAGACACCUGAAAUUAUGUGAAAAUGUCGGACUCCUCAAAACGUUUUUCGAGAACGAUAUAAGUGUUACUCUGUCCGCAUUACACGAACGAGAGAGAAAAAGAAUGACUAACAUGAGGGAUGGAAUCGAAAGAGGAAUCGACGAAACGGAUAUACUCUCCAUUAGCAAUAAUUCCCUGGUAGCUGUCCUUCACAACAAAAAUGAAGACAUUAGCACCUUUAAAAUUAAUGCUUGCUUUAUCAUUCCAGAGAAACCCCUUAUUCAAAAUUUGUUUUCCAAUGAGGCCGAUAUGCAGUCUACUGAAAGGAACGAAGAAAUGAGAAUUCCGAGAAAGGUGGGCGAUGGCCACAUUAGUGCGAGCACCAGUGACCUUAACGCCAUUAGUGAAAGUACCACCAGUUUCGACAUAAGCGGCAGUAGCAGCAACGAAAGUCUCGAUAGCACGGCCCGAUUCCAAAGCAUUGAAAGCCUAAACAACUACCACGAUGAUUUCAGUGACGUGAUCGAAGCAGCGUACGAAUUCAAGCGGGCGUUGGGCCUGGGCUCCCAGAUUGCAAUGAGUGUUGGAAGUGGAAAAGGAAAGCAGCAGGAGAAGGAAGAGGAGGAAAGGGAAAGGGAAAGGGAGAGGAAGGAAAGGGAGAAGAAGGAAAGGGAGAAGAAGGAAAGGGAGAGGAAGGAAAGGGAGAAGAACGAUAACAGUUACGGCCACAGCAGUAGAAAUCGCAACAGCAGCGGGCAGAACGUCUUCUGCACGGAAGUGACGCUCCCAGUCCUUCUCCAAAGGAACGUCUUCAAAAGCGCCCAUGACAUCUACAUGCGGGCCAUCCGAAGCGUCAUGCAGAGCAGCCACUUCAGAAGCGCCUUCAACUUAAAGCCGGGGGAGGAACCUUACACAUCCUUCAUUUACUUCUUUGACAAAUUCGCCUACGUCUACAACAAAAGCAAUAAGUAUGCGCGCACAGGUGACGUCAAGACGUUUAAUACUCCUCAAAACAUUAAGUGGAAUUACUUCUACUAUUUGUUAAAGUAUGGCUCGAAAACGAAUUACAACAAUGAGAUCUUUUUGAAAAAGUUCUUUUAUGGGAAGCAAUCAACUCUGGUGAAACCAAAGAAGCAUAACAUUUUAAAGGACUUCCUAGCCCACUUCACCGUCUUCUUUUACCUCUUCAAGUUGGGCUAA